GGGUCGAACCCUGUUAAAGCACCUUUUUGAGGUUACAACAUAGGCCUAAAAGGAAUCGCAUAAGGUAUAUAAAUACUCCCGAGUGCUGCAAGCAGCAUACACCUUGCAGCAGCCUCAAGGCCACCCCACUGCUGUAGCGCGCGCCCCCCCACAGCAGCCAAUCAGCGCCCGUGGGGCCGCUCAAGGUUCUAUGUUUUUUUUCUUCACUAUCCACGAUCAACCAAUCAAAGCGCGAGGAUUCAACAAACCCAGUGUUCCAGGAAUCCAUUCAUUCAGAGGCAGAAGAGCGCGAGGCGUGGAAGGUUGUCCCUGGGAGCUGUGAGUGAUUGUCUCAGGGUGACACCCUCAUUCAUCACCAUUAUUUCUCUACCACACCACUGGUUCUGAGAUAUAUAUACGUACAGGGAUAACAUGACUCUUAAACGCAUAAGGAUUUAAAUUUAGUAUUUGCAUAUAAUCCUUCGGAUUGCAAUUAUUUUGGAGCAUCGUUUAUAUUGCAUUCGUGUUUAUUUUGCAAAAAAAAAAAAAGGAAACGUGUGGCUGGAUUUUACAUACAGGAAAGAAGGGGUGUUGAAGAACAGUCGCACUCUAGAGCCCUCCCUCUUUUUGCCUCCACCCAUCGCAUGCAGCAACACGGACCCUGACAAGGACUCUGCGUUGCCUUCUGGAUCGUUUGCGAGUUGACAGACAUUAACGUGCAGGGUGAUUUUUAAUUGCGAACCUGACUUGUGACCAUCUGCGUUUUCGCCGCUACUUAUCCUCUAGUUGGGAAGGAUAUUUGUGGAUCUAUUCUACUCCGUGGCUGUCAUUGCUCCUCAAGGAAAGCUGGUUUAAGGAGAACAACAAAUGUGUCUGCUGAAGUGAAUUGCAAUGCCUUAGCAUUUGUGGAUACUCCAGUAUGACACGCUUUAUGGCCCAUGCUUCAUAACCACAACGCCGUUUGGACUUUAUGGAGUGUUGUUGAUGGAUUUGUAACUGGUGCAUUUUUGCAUAUAGGUUUUCAGAUGCAUGCCAAGUUCACAUUGAAUGCCAGAAGACUUGAUCCCUACAGAUGGAGCUACAAAGUCAACAUGGCAGUGGUGGUUCAUUAAUUGGCCUUCAGCAGCCGGCUUUAGACAGCAGGCAACGGUUGGAGUAUGAACGGGAGGUCCAAUCGACUAUCUUGUCAUUGGAUCAGAUCAAGGCUCUUCGGAGCAGGAAUGAGUACACUGAAGGCCCCUCUAUGGCGAAGAAGCCUGCACCCAAAACCUUACCAAGGCACAGUAAACCAGAACGGACUCAUGAAAUCAUACCAGUUAAUGUGAAUAAUAACAAUGAACACAGGCCCUCUAACUUAGCUCACGCAGGGCACAUAUACAAUGGAAGAGCUCCUGUGCUCAGUAGAUCAACCAGCACCGGAAGUGCAGCCAGUUCUGGGAGCACAAACAGUGCCAACUCAGAGCAAGAACUUCUAGGACAAUCACCUCCAUCGAGGAUAGGUUCUGGAUAUAGGACUGACAGGGUUGUUCGUAUGCAACCUAAGGCAUCUGCUUUGGUUGUAGAAGACUUAAAGAGCUCUGUACAGGUGGACUCUACACAUCAAAGGUUCAUCUGUGAACAAUGUAGGAAGUGCAAGUGUGGCGAAUGCACUACUCCAAGGACCCUUCCAUCUUGCCUGGCCUGUAACCGUCAAUGUUUGUGCUCUGCUGAGAGCAUGGUAGAAUACAGCACUUGCAUGUGUCUGGUUAAAGCAUUUUUCUACCACUGUUCUAAUGAUGAUGAGGGAGACUCUGAUGCGGAUAAUCCUUGCUCUUGUACUCGGUCACACUGCUGCUCUAGAUACUUGUGUAUGGGAGUAAUGUCUUUGUUCUUACCUUGCUUGCUAUGCUACCCUCCUGCCAAGGGAUGCCUAAAACUGUGCCGAGGUUGUUAUGACAGAGUUAAUCGUCCUGGCUGCAGAUGUAAGAACUCAAAUACUGUGUAUUGCAAACUGGAUGAUGUUUCCCGAGCCCAGGGCAAACCCUCCUGAUUUACAAGGAGGGAUUAUACUCUCUUCCUUACGGAUCAUUUACCGUGUAGGUUAUAUACAUACGUUCUUCAUAAGUACCUCCAUUUCCUCUUUAAUGUCCUCCAGUUUCUUGUUCCUCGCCACAUUAUGUUGUAUAGAUAAGUUGUUGCUUGGGAGUCUGCACAUUAACACCAUCUUUUGUGGCAGGGCCAGGGGUUAAAUCAGCCUUUGAUAUAACCUACUUAGAAAAUGCAUUCAGCCCCUCACUAGCUUCCUUUCUUUUCUUGUAGCAUGUUUUACCAUGAAUAACAAAAAACUCUGUGAAAGUUUUAACUUACAGUGGUAAAUCUCCUUUUAAUGGCCAAGCCCAACUUAAAUUUUUUUUUAAUGUGUGGUAAAGUUACAUGCCUCCAUGAAAUGCAAAAUUUGGAAUUUUUUUUUUUGUUUUUGUUUUUCCCCCCAUAUAUUUUUUUUUCUUCUCCCUUUUUGUUAGUAUUACCUAAAACACAUUUAAUUCCCUUUUCCCAGUGCUUUUGUGCAGAAGACGUUCUAAUAACAUCAUAUACACAUAUAUCAGUGAUGCUACUGCCUGUUUUUUUUGCACAGGACUCUAGUGAAGGGGUUAAUCUGUUUCACUUUCCUCCUGCUUUUUGACAUUGGUAGGAGAAACAUUAGUCGGUGUUGAAGGAUGUCCUUUUUAAUCCCACAUUUUUUUUAUAUUUUCUUAUUUUUGUUACUAGCUGUUAUUUUCAGAUAACAGGAAAUCCAGUAGCCUUAAAAAAAUGAGCUCUUUCAUCCUGGGAACCAAUAUUUUGUGUUUUAAUUUGGUGACCCGUUUCCCUAUGUAUGUUGCCUUACAGGUUUUAAGUGUUGUGUUAAAUUGCCUUAGCCACAAUUUGGCAUUUUUGUAUAUUUUAUGUAAAAAAUCACAAAGUUGAAUUUUGACUAUUUUUAAGACAAAUGUCUGUUUAAAACCUUUUUUAUUGUAAAGAAUAUUUAUUAUGUGAAUCUAUUAUUUUAUGAUAUUUAUUACAAAGAACCGUUGAAAAUUUACUUGUCUGAAUAUAACAAAGUAUCAAUACUUACUGAAAAAUAUGGGUGACACAUCUUAACUAUAAUUCAGAAAAUAUAAUAAUUAAUGAAUACGUGUCUGUUAUUUCUUUAUUUUGUCAGAAGUCAAUAUCUACAUCAUUAUGCUCUAUUCCACUCUGUAGCAUAUAUAUUUCAGAAUUAUUUUUUUUUUUUUAAUUUAAUUAAAUUGUAUUUAAUGUU